CAGACCAUCACUCAGCAGCUGCACACAGCGGGCUGAACACGUUCUGAGCUGACACCACCAGAAGAACCAGAAGCAAGAGUCUUAGAAAAAUUGAGCAGCAUCCAUCCUCGACUGGAGUCAGAGCACCAUGGCAGGCAGCACCGUCCUCCGCUUGAGCCUCUUACUGACGCUCGCAGGAAUUCUUCUCCUCGCAUGCAGCUCUGCACAGCGGGUCAGAGUAAGAAGACAGAAUAUGAAGGUUCGCAUCAACGCCACCGGUGAUACCAUCAUUUUGAAGUUUGUUCGGCCCAACCCUGAUGUUAAACUCGAAGGCUACAUCCUUGGCUAUGGUUCCAGCAUGUUCUCCAAGCAGUUCAUCCAGCUUCCAGAGAAUGGACAACCUUAUGAGACUGAGAUUGAUGCCGAGCCUAAGUACCUAGUGGCUGUUCAACCCAUCCCAACCAAUGAUGUGAAGAAGCACUGUACAGGUAAGGUGAACCUGGACAAACCUCUUCAUCUGGUGAUCGACUCUGUCACAUCUACGUCAGUGCUCUUGUCCUGGGGAACCUACUUAAAGACCCCAUACGAAGGAAACAUCAUGAACGACUGCUUGGAGGAUGGGCAUUACACAAUCCGCUACCGAGAAAGAAACAGGAAGUGGAUCUAUCAGACCUGUCCUGCCACCGAUACUGUGAUUGACAACCUCAAACCCAACACACCCUACGAGUUUGGCGUCAGACCCAACAAAGACGACCGCAGUGGAGUGUGGAGUAAACAAGUGAUCCACAACACCAACAUGGGAGUUGUUUCAGAGAAAGACAGGAUGACAUACAAAGUCAACCGACCUGUCAUUAAUAAGCCUGUGGUGGGAAACCAUGGCAGUCUCUUCCCACCUCGAAUUGCUGUCCACAACAUAACCCAUCCAGGACUGUUCAAAACCGAAGUCUUUGUUGGAGCUACCAAGACAUCUUUUGCGCCACCAAUAGGCCAGCAAGGAACCGUAGCUGCUCCAAGAGUCAAUGAGCAGAAAUGGCUUCAGCCCCCAUUGGAUUCAAACAACCAUAUUAGAAAUGAUUCCUCUCAGCUGGUGGAGAUCCUUCCCGUCCUCCCCCAACUUCUACCCACUAAACCCUCCCAUCCUCCAGUCACUCCUACCCCCUAUUCCCUACCCAACGGUGCCCGGACACAGCACGGACACCCCCAAACCAAGGCACCUAGUGUCACUCAGCAGCCACAUAGUUCUACUGGUAAGAACAUCCGCAGAGAUCCAGUAUCUUCACUUCCACCCAAACCAAACGAUUCAAUCCUAGCAGUGAACACAAGGAACCAGACAUCACUGGGCAGACACCCUACAUCUUCUUACUCUAAUGGCAGGAAACGUUCCUCCUCCAGGCAUGGUGACUCCUCCCGAUUAUAUGGGGCUAAUGGUGAGCACCAUAAGGGCCUCUCGCUACCUAAACCAGUCAUGUGGUCCAGACCAAGAAUGGGUCAGACAGGUCAACCCAUCCCUAAUCCUGGAAAAAAGCCUAAUCUUGUGGGCAAUCCUGGAGGAUUCGGAGAAAAGGGGACAGACCGGAGCCAAGACAAAAACUCGAUCUUGAACCACAACCUGCCACCUGUGACAGCAAAACCAUCCAAACCAAAAACGACUUCUGCUCCAUCAGUGACAGCCCCUCGAUUUGAAACAUGGGAGAACUCUACAGCAUUCAGCUCUGUUCCUGCUUCUAAAAUCGAUGCCAUGGGCAAAGAACGCUAUAUCGCUCCACACGUGGUGUACAAGACGGACAAGAAACCAGAAGAACCGUGUUCUAUCACUACCUCUUUGAGUUACUUCCCCGAAGAGGAAGGUGGAGAACAAAACGUCACCAACCCUCCAAGAACAGCUCCAUCCAACCUCACCGUGGUAACCGUGGAAGGAUGUCCCUCCUUCAUUAUUCUUGAUUGGCAGAAGACAGAUAAUGAGACAACUGAAUACGAAGUUAUCUCAACUACUAAAGGCCCUGAUGGUGAACAGGUUUCCAUUCUUGUCACCAACCAGACUCAUACAGCCGUGGAGAACCUUAAACCAGAAAGCAGUUAUGAAUUCAAGGUGAAGCCUAAGAAUGAGCUUGGUGAAGGGCCUCCCAGUGAGCCGGUGUCUUUCAGCACAGAAUCUGCGGAUCCGCGGGUGAGCGAGAAUGUCUCAGGUAAAGAUGCUAUCUGGACCCAGUUCUCCUUCAAAACAGAUGCCUAUUCCGAGUGCAACGGAAAGCAGUACGUAAAGAGGACGUGGUACCGUAAAUUUGUUGGCAUCCAACUAUGCAACUCCCUACGGUACAAGAUCUACCUGAGUGACUCUCUCAAGGGUAAAUUUUACAACAUUGGAGACCAGACAGGCCAUGGCGAGGACCACUGCCAGUUUGUAGACUCAUUCUUGGAUGGAAGAACUGGAACUCAGAUUCCUUCAAACCAGCUGCCUAACAGGCCAGGGUUCUACAGAGCAAUGAGACAAGAGCCGGUCCACUUUGGCCAGAUAGGAGGAAACUCCCAUGUUACCUAUGUUGCAUGGUAUGAGUGUGGUACACCAAUUCCAGGGAAAUGGUAGAGGACGAGCAAGUGUCCACAGAGAAGCCUGAAGAACAACUCUCAUUGGUUAUGGGUUGGUGCCUGCUACGGUCACACGGCAGGCUUUUUACUGUUUAUUCCACCAAUGAGAGCAAGUUCGGUCACUCCUCAGCUUACAUCCCAAGUUCGUACCAUGUAUAGUAAGUGUACAGGAUCAAAGAGUCAGGGAAUUAUUUUGAGUGCAUUUGUGAUACGUAAUAGCAAAACAAUGCCUCAUCGUUUUAUUUAUCGUACGGUAACUAGAGCAAACCAAAUAGAUAUGAGGAAAAAACUACUUCAAAUACAUUGAAGUGAUGAACGACAUAAAGUAAGGAAAAAUACUUUUUAAAUAUUGGGAAGCUGGCUCCCUGAAACUAUUUUGAUAUUUUGUGUAAUUUUAUUUAUCAAAGUUUGUGGUGCCAUGUUUCUUGUAAUGGCUUUCCAGUACGAAAGGGCUGGGCUUUAAGCGCUUUAGCAAUCAAGACGGCCCUGGGCUUUUGCCUACCGCCGGAGGCAGCUGUAUUAGUUUGGUACUGAUAUUGUAGGUCUCUGAUAUGUCAGAUGUAAAGUUAAACUUGUACGACUCGUAUGUAUAGCUGGGACUCUUUGCGAUGUUGCUUUUCCCAACACAAUGUACUAGUAAGAGGCUUAAAUCAGGUGACCCACACUAGCAAAGAAAGCAUGGACGCAAGAUGCUAUGUUUACAAGUUGGUAUGAAAGUGAUGUACAUUCAAACACACCUACAUGCAUACAGUACAUAGAAAAACAUGCUCAUUUACAUCCAGUUGCUUUAUAUAUCACGGCUAUAGUCUUCCAGUUUACGCCCUGAUAUAUUUGGUGGUUAUAGAUUGUAAGGAAGACCUUACACUUGCAAUUUGCACAGCAAUGUAUUUAUAUGUAUAUGGAGAAAGUAUUUUUUCAGGAAACCUAUACAAGAAUAAAAAAAUCUUCCCCUCAAGCUUGUGAAACAGUCACACCUCUCUUGUUGUUUUCAAAGCCCCCUUUUCUCUGUCUGUUAAACCACAGUAAUAGUUCAAGGAAUCUUGAAGGACAGUUUGUCUAGGUACCAUAUUUUGUACAGUGUUGUCCCUGCCAGUCCUCUUGGCAGAGUAUAUCUGGCUUAUCCGUAUUUUCAUGAAAUUCGUUUGUAAGAUGAAACUGUGUUGUUUGUUGUUGUUUUGGACACAUUCUCUAUUUCUGUAUGUAUUUUACAAUAAUAAAAAACGGAAGUGUUUUUUUUAA